AUGUUGGCAUUGAAUGGAGAAGAUUUUGAAUUUUCAAUGGAUGAUUUAAUUUCAACUUGCAAGAUUAUCUUUUCAUCAAAUCGUGAUCAGAUUGAUUGCAAGAUUGAAUUAUUAGGAGAAUUGAUCAAAUCGAUUAUUCAAUUAUAUCAUCAUGAAAAUACCAAAAAAUAUUCAACCAAUUUAUUAGAAUGUUUAGAUUGUAUACAUUCCAACAAUGGUAUUCAAUCAAUCAUUUCAAUUUUAUUUAAUCAAUUAAAUAUUUUAAAUAAUCCUUUGAUUGAAUUUUUUAAAACAAUUACAAUUAAAUUAUUAAAGAUUGGUGAUUUAAAUUUGAAUAUAUUAGAAUUUUUAAAAUGUUAUCAAAUUCAAUUUGAUUCAUUUAAAGAAAUUAAUAUUCAAAUUAAUAAUCUUGAUUUUGGUUUUACCAAACAAUCAGAUUCAUAUAAAUUGGAUAAUAGAUUUAUUACAUUAAAUCUUUAUUUAUUUAAUGUAUUGGAAAAUCUUUUACAACAAGAAGAAGAAGAAAAGGUUACAAUCAAAUUUGAUAAUCAAUUGGUAGAAUCAUUAUUAAUUGGAUUGGUAUUAUUGGAUUGUGAUAAUAUUCAAACUGAAAAUUUAAUCAUCCUUUCAAAACAUUAUCAAUCCUUUAAAUCAAAUUUAAUCAAUAUUAUAAUCAACCAAAAUUCCUCCUCUACCUCCUCUUCAUUUUUAUCAAGUGAAUGGUGGAAAAAUAUAAAAUCAAAAUCUGAUAAAUAUCCAAUUUAUACAAUUAUUAUUGGUAAUAUAUUAUCAGUUGUAAGAGAAAGAAAAGAAUCUAUUAUACAAUCAGUAUUGGAAGAAUUCAAUUUUACAACAACAAAUGAUAAUAAUUAUCAAUUAACUCAAGUAAUGAUGGAAUAUUUAAUUGAAUAUAAACCACAAUUGGUAGAAACAAAAAGACAAGAACUUUUUGAUACUAUUGGACAAUGGAGUGGAAACUCUAUGCCAAAUGAUAUUGAUAGUGUUGGUAUUAAACUUUCAUUAUUGUCAUUUAUCGUUCAAUCAGACUCUGAAAAUCCAAUUUCAGACAAACAAGGUGACAUUUUAAUAGAAACCCUAUCAACAAUUCAACAAUGGUACCUAAGAUCCAAAUCACCACUGAUGAAGGAUCAAAAUGUCAAUUUCUCUCGUCUAGACGUUCCCCUCUCCCAAUUCUUUAUCGUUGUUGGUCAAUAUGCAGUAUCUAAAAACAUCAAUCUUUCACCAAAUCAAUCACAAUUGGUUCAAUCAUUGUUGGUUCAAUUCGUCUUGGAUCAAUCCAUUGUAUUAAAUUAUAAUGCUUUGAAAUUUAUCAAUAUUAUCCUCUCUGGUUCAAAUAAUCAAUCCUUGCUUUUACCAAAUACAAGUCAAGAAUUUUUAAUCGAUAUUACAUCAAAAUUGAUUGAAAAAUGGAUUGAUGGUUCCAAUACAAUCAAUAGAAAUAGUUUGAAAAGACUAUAUAAUCUAUAUAGUAUUGUAAUUUCAAAGAUUGAUCCAAUCAUCAAAUACAAGUUGGCAAGUAAUCAUUUUACUUCACUUUUGGAAAUGCUCUCAUCCAAUCAUCACAAUAUACAAAAAUCAUCCUAUCUCUUGUUGGUUCCUUAUUUUGAAAACAAAAAAUCAGAAAUCAUUCAAACUUAUGUAUUGGAACAACAAGAUCAAGAUGAUAUUGAAUUUAUUAUAAAUGGUACUCUGGAAAAUUUACUUUUAAAUUUUGAUAAUAUUGAAAAAAAUAUUUCAAUUGGACAUUUAAUGAUAUGGGAUUUAUUAUUAAAAAAUUAUAAUGAACAAGAAUUAAACAAGAGACCAACUAUUAGUUCCUAUUUAAAUAAUGGUAGAAAGGUUGCAACCUUUUUAACUAGUAUUUUCAAAAAGGUGGAUACUGAAACCAAAGAUUUUAAACAUGACGAAUUCCCAUUGGACAAUGAAGAUAUGGACAUCAGUGUGAUUUGUGGUUAUUUGAUGUAUGUGGUCGUUCGUAAUCUACCAAGUAUGGCUAGAACAUGGUGGGGUGAUUUCUGUAGCAACAAGGUUGCCGCCCAAGUAGAUCAAUAUAUUGUAAAAUAUAUUAGUCCACUCUUGUUGCGUCGUGAAAUUGCUCUUGUCCAACAACACGUCGAACCAGCAGGCUCUAUAUUCAACAUUAAGGCAUCACUUGCCAAAAGAGAGGUGGUUGCCUCUUAUGAAAAGGAGGAUAUGAACAUUUCAUUGGUACUCUCCAUCCCCGACACUUAUCCACUACGUGUCUUGUCUGUAGACUUUGCCAAACGUGUUGGUGUCAGUGAAAUGCAAUGGAAAACAUGGCUCUUGUCCAUGACCUCCUUACUCUUGACACAAGAUGGAUCGGUUCUUGAUGUCAGUCUAUUGUGGAAGGCAAGUCUUGACAAACAUUUUGAUGGUGUAGAGGUUUGUCCCAUUUGUUAUUCCCUAUUCUUUAAUGGGACCAUACCCAAGUUCCAAUGCAAACAGUAUGGUUCUCCACUUCUCACAAGUCAAAUUGUCCACUUUGUAACUUUACAAUCAAUUAAAAUGAAAGGAAUAAAAGUUAAAGAAAAGAAAGAUAUUAAUACAAACAGUACAGUUGUUUUAGUAUUUGCAAUUGUUGUGGAAGCAAGAGUAUCUAUUCCAGACCUACAUAAACUUGUUGGUUUUACCAAACAAUCGAUUGCAUCUGGAGCUUCUUUUAGCAUACAAUCAUUAACAAAUGAUUCAAUAUUUGAACAACAACAGAUUGGUGGUUCAUCGUCAUCAUCUGCGUCUAUAUCACCACAAUGUGAAACAGAUUUAUAUGAUUUAUCAAAACUAAAGUAUCCAAGUUCAUUUGAAAUAAUUGAAGCAAGUGGAAAAGGAUUUUUUGAUCUUGGAAACUAUGAUAAUUGUUUAAGUUUACCAAGCAAUGUUUCACAAUAUUGUGCAGUGACCACUGAUAAUGGAUUUGUUACUGCAUUGGCUGCAUUAUGUCUUCCCUCUUCAUGCUCAGAGACUGACAUUAAUAUGGCAUUACAAACAUUGAUCAAUAUGACUGGUAUGGCCCCUUACUUGAACGAAACUGGACUUGGAGGAGAGUUUGAAAUCUAUUGUUAUUCUGGUGAUCAUCUUACUGACAAGUUACCAAUGACUGCUGGUCCAAUUGUAAUGAUUAUCUUGUGUUCUAUUAUCGCCGCCUUUGUGUGUGCUGGUACACUUGCCGAAUACUUUCUCUAUACACACAAGGCACUAUCUAAAAAGAACCAAGACACUGAAUCAUACCGUAUCAGUAGCAACAGAAACGAUUGGGAAAGGAACCAAUCCAAACAAGAGAAAGAACACAACUCUUCCAUCAACUAUAGCAGCUACCAAGGAGAAAUGAAAGAGGCCUCCACACCACUCCAAAUACUAUUGGCAUUCUCGUUGAUCCAAAACUACCAUAGUUUCACAACCUCGUCCUCUGACAAGAAACAUUUUGAUGUGUUGGAUGGCAUCCGUUUACUUGGUACCUGUUGGGUUGUCAUUGGUCACAAUAUUCUAUUCAACAUAAAUUUUGGAUUUGACAAUUUACAAACUGUCUUGGUCAAUAUCGUCCCAUCUAUUCCAUUCCAAUUAAUUGGUGCUGCAGAAUUCUCGGUUGAUAUCUUUUUCAUGUUGUCUGGCUUCUUGGUGUGUCACACCUUGUUGCAACAACUCGAAAAAGCAACUUACAUUGAUGGACCAAAAUACAAGUUUUGGUUAAAAUACAUUGUACAUCGAUAUAUCCGUCUCUCGCCACUCUACUUUUUCAUGUUGUUUUUCUUUUGGAAGCUCAGUCCUCAAAUUGGUUCUGGUCCAUGGUGGUUUGGUUAUUAUAGCCAGACGUCUAGUUGUGAAGGUUCCUGGUGGUCCAACCUCUUGUACAUCAACACUUUGUACCCACAAACUGGCUGUAUGGGAUGGAGCUGGUAUUUAGGUAACGAUAUGAUCUACUAUAUCUUUGUCGCUCCUAUCGCCGCAGUCCUCUACAAAAAGAACAAAAAGUUUGGAGUUGCUUUUGUAUUUAUACUUUUUGCCAUUACCUUUACAACCAAUUUCUGGAUCACCCUCAAGUAUAAACUCAACACAGUUUUCGAGAUUACCCAACUCCAAGAACAGGUCACCGACUUUACAACCGAUAUUUAUCAAAAGCCUUGGACAAGAGUUGGUGCCUAUGCAGUUGGUUUGGCCAUGGCAAUGAUUGUUGACACACCAGCCAUCAUGCAUGUAAUCAAAAACAAGGCACCUGUUCGUUACCUCUGCUAUAUCAAUGCACUAGGUAUCACCUCUUUUUUUACAUUCAUCCCUUACAAUUCGUAUAUUGGUGAUGGAUGGUCAACCCUCCAAAAUGCUUUUUUCAAUGCUACUGGACAUACUGGAUUUGUUAUUGGUGCUGGUCUAUUUAUCAUCACCGCGUUUGCAGGUCGUGGUGGUAUUGUUGCAUGGUUUUUAGAGCGUCCCAUUUUCAAGAACCUCUCCAAGCUCACCUACUCUACCUAUAUUGUGCAUCCGAUUGUGAUUUGGACAUUGGCAUACAGUAGAGUAACACUCUUUCACUAUGCAGUUGUCGAUGUUGCUGCCACUACCAUCUCCAACAUUGUUUUCUCACUUGUCUGUGCCUUUAUUCUUCAUCUUACAAUUGAAAAACCAGCAAUCAAUUUGGAAAAAUUAUUAUUUCAUCCAAAACCAUCAACUAUUAAAUAUUCAUUAUUAAACUAA